AAACGGUCAGUGGAAUCAACCCCGGACAAGACCAGUGUUCUCACCAAGACCUACUCGCUGGAUCUGGAGAACCCGUGGGAACACGUGAGCGUUGUCGGCGACGACGGUGAACUACUCAAGACAGAAUCGUUACGGCUGUUGGCCAAUAUGAUGCCCAUGAAAGAGCAGUUCCUGGACUGGCGCUUAAUCUACGCAUCCAACAAGCACGGCCUCACGUCGUCCACACUAUACUCAAAGUGUGCUGAAUACGGUGGUCCAUGUUUGUUAUUAGGUAUGAAUGUGUGCGAUAUUCAUGGUGUAUUGGAUAUUGUGCUGGUAGCUUCAAUCAAUACGUGA